UGUUGUUUACUUCGGACCUAGUCUAGAUCUAGAUCUAAUAACAUCUAAAAAAAAACAUCCCAUCGAAACAUCGUCUUCAUAGUAAAGAAGGUAUAAAAGUAUACAAAAAAAUCAACCUGACUAUUCUUUUCUAAUAGGAUGAAGAUAUUAUUUUAAAAAGUGUUAAUGACAAGAACAACUAAGCCUUGGAAAAAAGAAUGUCGAUCUCUCAGAAAGUGAGUAAAUGGCUGGAUAAACUAUGGGCAGAAGAGGAAAUGUGUGACCUUACAGUUCAGAUCGGCGAUGUGUCCAUCAAAUGUCAUAGUAUUAUCCUCGCGGCAUGUUCGCCAUUUUUUCUUGGACUGUUGAGAUCUGGUAUGAAAGAAGCCAACGAGGGACGUGUAGUUCUACAAAAUAUAUCAGUCUCCACCUUUCAGUUAAUCCUGAAAUCUUUGUACACCGGUGAAGACGUGUUGAGUAUUGAUAACUUCAUAGAAAUCUGGCAUGCUGUAGAUAUGCUGCAGAUUGAAUUUCUUGUAGAGUUAUGUGAAACAUUCGCCACUAAAAACAUAAAACUGGAAAAUUUCAGUGAAAUCUUCUCCACUGCCAACCUCUUUAAUUCUAAAUUAGUUCUGUCGUCGGUGAGAACAUUCAUGAUCCAGAACUUUAAAUCUAUUUAUACAUCUAAACGUUUCUUAGAAUUAUCGUUUGAUGAAAUGUGUUUUAUAGUUAGCAGUCAUGGUCUUCAUUUCAACAGCGAAGAUCCUGUAAUAGGGAUGGUUCUAAACUGGGCUGAAAACAAACAUGUUGUUAAGGGUUCUGAAGCAAUAAACCAUUGCACUGGAAACAAUAAAAAGUUCAAAACAUUAGAGCCAGCUAAAAGUUUUGGUAGUGCUAACUUGAAAUAUAUACCGCCUAAAUGUUCAGAAGACAAGUCUACUACAGAAGCUAAUAGUAGUGAAAACCAGCUUACAUGUGAAUUAACAAAUGAUUCGAUUGCAAUACCAGUACGCUUGGGUGACAACACAAAUCCCACCUCUGCAGAAAAUCUUAGCACUGAUAGAUUUGAUCAACUCAACAUCUUAUUAAAACUAGUUAGAACCUGUAUUAUGAGCCCCAGUUUGCUUGUGAAUGUUUUAGAACAUCAUCUCAUUAAGAGUAACGACAAAGCACGGGAAAUUAUCUUCUCAGCUCUUUUAAUGCAGACGUCUUUUCGUCAUGGACAAUGGCCUACAGCAGGUAUCUACAGACAGUUUCACGAGUAUGGCAACUUUUGUGUCACUUAUGUGAACGAUACAGGGAAAUUCUUGAUGAUCGAUCCGCUUGAAGAAAAGAGGUACACAAUAAAAUCGUGUCCGCAGAUAUGUAAAGACAUUCAGUUGAUUGCUUUUGACAAAGAGCUCUUUGCAGCUAGUAGACAAUGUGCAUAUAGUUAUACAAGUGGCAUAUUUGUUUACCGUGAUAACUCUUGGACAUUUGUAACCGAGGUCACAGGAGUAACUGUAUUACUAGCAAGCAAUGACCAAUUCAUUUACAUUAUAAAAGUAUUUGCAAAUAUUGUAUGCCUAUUUAGAUUAAACCCAAAACGUAACCCUCCAAUUAAUGAUUUUAUUACACUUCUACAAGGUCGUUAUUUUGUAACACAUGUAAUGAGCUACCAAAUUUAUCUACUCAUCUUCUGUAAUGAAACAGUCAAUGGCGUCGAGGAAACAGCAGUCCAUAUAUUGGACCUUCAGGACGAAAGCUGGACAAAACUGGACAACCUCAGUGGACCAGCUAAAAACAUCAUCAGUUUUCGUAACGACGACAACCACUUUGUGCUACAAACAAACGGCAACUUGUGGGUUUUGAGAUUAGAGGGUGAAACAAUCACGUUCACACAUGAAGCAAAACUGUGGAAUUUAGACCACUAUCUGUACGGAGCUGUCGUUUACGGUGAUGAAUUGGUUAUCUUUUACGAAUAUCUAGAAAAUGGCCCAAAAGACACAUUUGUUUCUAAACUUGACAAUACUUUUCGUUCAGUUAGUUACUAUAAAUUAGCUUCUUCAUGUUCCAACUUGAUUCCAUUUGUUCUGCCUAAAUAUUGUCUUUCAAAAUAUUAG